AUCCAUAUAAUGCUCCCCAACACCAAAAUAUUACAACACAAACCAAGAAAUGGAAGAAGAGAAGAGACUGGAACUUAGGCUGGCUCCUCCUUGUCACCAACUCACUUCCAACAACAUCAAUGGACCUAAACAAAGAAACCUCGCCAAAGAAACACCUUUUGUUUCCAGUAACAGGGUGGAGGCAGCUCCUGUGGUGGGAUGGCCGCCGGUAAGAUCUUCCCGGCGAUACCUAACGGCACAGCUAAAGGAAGAGAUAAAGAAGAUUGAGAGUGAUGAAGAAAGAGAGUUGUACGUUAAGAUCAACAUGGAAGGAGUUCCCAUCGGAAGAAAAGUCAACCUCUCGGCUUAUAACAACUACCAACAGCUUUCACAUGCCGUUGACCAACUCUUCUCUAAGAAAGAUUCGUCGGAUCUAAACAGACAAUACACUUUGGUCUACGAAGACACUGAAGGAGAUAAAGUUCUGGUCGGAGAUGUUCCUUGGGAGAUGUUUGUAUCAACUGUCAAGAGGCUGCAUGUUUUAAAGAGCUCCCACGUUUCCAUGCUCUCACCUAGGAAACACGGCAAGGAAUAGAGUGAGGUUCGCCACAAUCAUCAGUUCGAUGAUUUGUUUUAAAAAUGUAAUUUAUGGAAACCAUGGGGCUUUGCUUGAUUUACCGAGUUUUUUUUUGUUCGUUAGAAUUUGUUUUUCAACUUAUAUUCUAGAUUCACUACAAGAAAAAGUGGUAUUAAUAGCAGAAUAUGAUAGCACGAUUUUCGUAAGUGCCAUGAAAGACCAAAAAAAGAAUCUGGUUAACAUUAAUAGCAUUUUAUUAAUGUUGUUGUGAAAAACUUUGAGAGUGGGAAGGGAAAAUCAAUAAUACCGCUAUACUUGAAUGAAAAUUACACGAGCGCCAAAUAUAUUCCCUCGUUAAGAUAAUAAUUUCUUUACUUAGGUUAAAUGGAAAAAAAAAAUCAGUAUCACCACGAGACUUGAAAAAAAAAGAGACAACCAAGACCAAUACACUUUUACCUUCAAACAUCUGGGAAAAAAGCUCUCGAUAGAAACCAAACCCUAAGUACGACGGAUCUCCCCCGGUGCCGGUAGCCGUAACCGGUCUCGGAGGCCUCUCUUCCCCCUCCUCCCUCCACCGUCUCUACUUCUCUCUCAAACCCACUCCUCCCUCCACCGUCUCCUUCGCUUCCCCUCACUCCGCCGCUCUCUCCUCUACCGCCAUCAACCUCCUCGACUUCCUCCGUAGCCAUCCCGACGACUCCUCCGCCCUCCGCCUCUUCAAUUCCGCCUCCAAGCACCCCAACUUCUCCCCUGACCCUGCUCUCUACGACGAGAUCCUUCUCCGGCUAGGCCGCUCCGGCUCCUUCGAUUCGAUGAAGAAGAUCCUAUCCGACAUGAAGAAGACCUCCUCCUGCGAAAUGGGUACUUCUCAAUUCUUGAUUUUGCUAGAGAGUUACGCUCAAAUUCGACUCGCACGACGAGAUUCUCGUCACUGUUCACUGGAUGAUUGAUGAGUUUGGGUUAAAACCCGAUACACAUUUCUACAACCGGAUCCUGAACGUCCUCGUCGACGGCAACAAUCUGAGACUCGUUGAGAGUGCUCACGACCAGAUGAGCGUCUGGGGGAUUAAACCAGAUGUCUCCACGUUUAACGUUCUCAUCAAAGCCUUGUGUAAAGCCACGUUUAUGAUCCUGAUGCUAUCUUGUCGCUGCAUUCUAGUAUACUCUUCUCUUUUACUCAUGAGUUGAGUAUUAAAAUUGUGUGAAAUUUUUCAAAGACAGAAGAUGUCUGCCUGCAUGAGUGUUAUACUCUCGGUUCUGAGGCUAAACCUGUCUAACUAUAUAUUGUCUCUACUUUUGGUCCCAAGAGGAAUAGUUUGUUGGUUAAUGGUAUGGUUCUGUUUGAUAGAUUUGCAAAGAGGAAGUUAGAUGACUCAGUUUUCUUGGGAAAUCGGCUCCAGAUUUCAUAUGCUCCCGAGUUCGAGAGCCUCAGUGACACCAAGGAUAAGUUGGAAACAAGGAGGAAAGAAGUGCUUUCAAUAUCCAACCGUAAGCUUUUUUGCUUUCCCACCUCAGCUCAGAAAGCCAAGAGCAGCGUCUCACAAGUCACAAAACCAGCUUUGACCCAAAAGGAUAAUUUCUCACCACAAACGGUUAAAACUGUGAGGGAGAAACUCAACAAGUGCAAUGAAUAAACAGUUCGUCGCAGUUUGUGCAACACCAUCAGAUGUCGAGACUUCUUCCAAGGAUGAAUCACUUUUGAUUACGACUGUGGAAACCAGAAACAGCAACGAAGUCCUCGUUGAUAUAUUAAUCUUUAGUGUUCGUCUUGCUUUCUUGUUUGCGGUUUAUGUAGGUUUCUAACUUGCUACAAAUUCACUAAGUCCUCGUGUUCAGGGGCUAGAUUCUGAGCUUAGUGCUGACGGUGUUCUCUCAUAUGUUACGAAGUAAGAAUGCCUGCUGCUACGGGUGGGGUGGAGUACUGUCGGUGUCUACAGAAAUCUUGCUGCAACGUAAGAAAGGGUGCUAAGAACGGAUCAUUUGAUGUGGAGUAAGAACUGUAUCAUCUUCUCUUUUUUUUCUUUGCAAAUGAGACUUGUGUUCUUCUUUUGAGAUUUGUAACUUUAAAUUGUAUCUCCUUUGGAAUUAUGACAAAAAUGUUGUGUGGGAUAUUAUAUUUUUUAUUAUGGAAUACAAUUUCAUCUUCAUUA